GCAAUUUCCCGUAAAGAAGCCGUGCAACCGUGUGUGCAUCGACCUUUCCUUUUUCCACACCUUCGUUUUUCUUCUUCUACGUAGAUAAUCUACUCCCAAGUGGGUGUGUUUGCUGUGUUGACCAACAAAAAAGCAGAGAAAAGCGUCCUUUUUUGUUUGCUUCCUUGUUCAAAUCACGGUCGUACACGUGAUCUCUCGUUGCUUCACAGCGCUAAGAGUUGUUUUUUUCUUUUUCUUCUCUUGUUGUGCAUUCCUUUAUUGCUGUUACAAUUUGAAUCCCUGACGUAACCUUGUCAAUUGUGACAUAUAUAGAAAACUAUUCUACUUCUCUGGCUUCAAAAGUGGCGUCACUUACAUCCGCUCCUUCUCGUCCGCCUGACGCCCGCAGCUCCACUGCGGACGCACAAGACACAACUGUCAACAGCAAUGUAAGCGUGUCGGCGGCCCUCACGGCGAACGUCAGCGGUGUCGUAAGCGCAGCUGAAGUUUCCUCCUCCCGGUUUUCCCUCAGCGCGCCGCCCGGUAGACAUGGCGACGGCACAGGUGCGGAGCACUCGAAGUCCGCCUCAACCACCGCAUGCGUCUCCCAACCCCCGGCACCCCCCUCGUUGCGCAUCAGGACCUGCAAGCAAAAUAAUGGCAACGGCAUGUCCAGCAAGGGCCUCCCUGCUGAUGCUGCUGCAGCGGCGGCGGUGCGGCCGUACAUCACGGCAAAGGCGCGCGGUGCAGAGCGGGCGGCCGUUUUCCUGAGCGGCAUCACUCCCACCGACAUCCGACCGCACCCGCUGUGGAGACCAGCCAACGCUGCGCGCUCGUCCAAUACGGACAGCGAGGACGUAGAGGUGGAGACGGUGGAGGACACGGCGGUGCGGGAAGCCAUGAGCGGCGUAAUGAAUUCCGUCGACGGCAACAGCGGUAAUCUCUCCAGCCGCAGUGGCGCUGGAGCAAGCGAGUUUGUCGUGCACGUUCCUCCAUCUGGGCUGACCGGACGCCCCCGCAACGGCGCAGACAGCGCGAGGACGUCGAUGAAGGGGAGGUCUGGUGUUGUCGCGAUGGAGACAACCACAUCGCCGAACUUUGGCGCGGCACAGAAGACGCUUCUAGAAGAGAACUCCAACCUUGCGGUCGUCUCAGUAGCCACCAUCUCCUCCACGCUUGCGCUGCUUCCCACCCAUGAGUUACUACAGGAGGCUUCCUCGCCGCUCACUCCACAGCAAGUGCAACACCGUCGUCGGCAGCCGUUUGCCACGGACUUCUCGGUGCGCAAUCACCGCCAGGAGACUUUCCUCAAAUCCCUCACCACUACGAUGAAACUCGGGAAGCGUCACAAGCGGCACAGCAACAAGAGCAGCCGUUCUGCCUCGUCUUCGUCGAGCUCGACCGCAUCCGCCAAUACGAAGAACAGCUCGUACCCAAGUCGCAACAGUGCCUCGGCUCUGGCAACCGCUACACAGCUAAACCCUGCUGCGGUCGGGAACACUUCGGGAACCGCGACAGUCAGUGGCGCUGGCAAUAGCAGGCAAGACGGCGGUGGGUCUGGCGGAGCCGCUGCGGGGGCGGCCGGUGCUGAUCCAGGGGCACCUGAAGGCUAUGUAGGGUCCGAUCCUGCACUGCCUCAGCAACAGCAACCGGUGCCGCCUCAAACAGCGAAUCACCGUCCCCGAAAUGCUGGCGAGAAGCCCCGUCUUCACGUUAGCCAAGUCGUCCGGAAGGAAGGUCAGCGGGUGCGCCUGAGGUGGGUGUACGGCGAUACGCUGCAGCAACCGCGCCGCGGCGGGUCCAACGGGUCGUCAUCGUCAUCGUCGUCGUCUUCGUCUUCCAGCUCGACGUCCUCCUCGUCAAGGGGCUCCUCGGAGCAGUCCUCGUUGCGCCACCACAACUCCCUCGCCAGAAACCCGAACCACGCCAAGAGUGAGAACUCAGCCAACACUCAGAUCAACACCAUCAACGGCAACGCCGCUGCCCCACCGAAGCUGGCGGCGACGGCAGGGACGGAAACGGAUUUUAGUGGGACGCCGCACAGCUUGUCCAGCACGGCGCACACUCGCACGCGCACCUCCUCGUCCUCCUCGUCGUCCUCGUCCUCCUCGUCGUCCUCGUCGUCCGCUUCGUCGCCUGCGAGAAGUUCCCGUCGCCGCCGGCGUCGCGAGCGGGAGCGCUGGCGGUUGUGGUGGGCUCAGUCGGCCGCCACACCGAUGUCGCUCUGCACCAUUCUGACCAAGUUCGAACCCCGCGUAGCCGCCCUGGGCAAGGAGGACCAGGUGGUUCGACCCUAUGGUGGCGAGUCGAACGCAAGCAGCAGCUCGUCUUCGUCGACGGAGCGUUCCUCCUCUUCCUCGUCUUCGUCGUCGUUUUCGUCGUCGUCGAGUUCCACGUCUUCCACGGCCGUCAAGCACCACGACGCUGAUGGUGAGUACCAGGACUUCGUCGUCAACAGCCACUACCUCGCCGGCAACUACGCGGACCGUCGUCACGUGGCGGAGAUGACGAGCGUCGACGACAGCUCGUCCUCGUCCGACACCGACGGCGCCAAGCGUUCCUCCUCGCUCUCCACCUUCUCGUCGGAGAUCGACUCGGCGGGCGACACGCACAGCAAGCGAGGCAGCAGCAGCCGCCUGCACAGCCGGUCCAGCUCCGCGUCGGGGGCCAGCCGUAGCUCUAGUCGGCGCAGCCGCGGCAGCAACAGCAGCAGCCGCAGCUCCCGGGGUAGUCGCAGCAGCUCACACAGCUCCCCCAACACUCACCGGCGCCACCAUCACCGCAGUCGCAAUAAGGGUGGCAUCAUUAGUGGAGAGGACAACAUGCGCAGCUACCGCAAAAUUCUCGCGCGCAAGCAGAGCCGCCACAACCCCUCCUUCUCCAACGCGUACUUCUUGGACACCGGCAACAUCACCGGUGGCGAGCGACGACGCAAGAUGAUUUCGCUCCCGUCCUAUCGCGUAUCGAUGAUCUCGUUUGUGGACAAGAAGAUCCUCAAGAAAGACUUGAACCACAACUUUUACGUCCAGCACCCCGAGCUGGAGGUGCGCGAGAUUAAGCUGACCCACCUUCGCAAAAUCAAGAACGAGCUGCUCGUCUACGCGCUCGAGGACAAUUCGUUGCUGGACUUGAUCACCAUCGCCUACGCGUACUGGUACUUCGAGCGGCUGGUCGUGCAGGGCAUGGUGGGCAAGCACAACCGAAAGGAGAUCAUGGCGGCCUGCGUGCUGUUGGCCAUCAAGUUCCUCGAGACGGGCGAUGUGACGAAGAAGAUUGCGUACUUUAAAAACCGCUGGCGCCGCUUCCACAACGUGUCCGGCGUGCACGUGGGCAACGCAAUGCUCGGCGGUGGGGCGAGCAAAGAGGCGGAGGAAGAUGAUGAGGAGGUAGGGCAGGUGGAUUGGAAGAAGGUAGAGUUGCAGGAGUUCCCGGUGUACGUCGGUCUUGACUUCACGCUGCUCCCCGAUGGCGAUGGUCAGGUGAUCAAGACGCACCUCGAGCGUCUGCUACAGCUCAUCAACGUGACUUCGCAGGAGUACUACAGCAAGAAGUUUGUGGCACCUGCCUACCUAAACACCUACAACUGCUACAGCAACUUGUACUACUAA